AUGCAGGAGUUGCCUUACCGGCUGCAUGAAUAUGCUUGGUGGAAUCUCAUUGACAUCGGCGAGAUGUAUGUGGUUCUGCAGGUGCAAGAGAAAGACAUUGCAGAGAGGAUCGCCAAUGAAGUUUACAAGCUGAUCUUGAACAUGAAGUACAGCUAUCCAGCCAAAGCGCUGAAAAUCUUGGCGUUCCUGGAAGUGGGCGACAAGAGGACGCUCCGCUUAUUGGUGCGAAACGUGCCACGGAGUAUCUCCUACUUAAGCCCGCAGGCAGCAGCUGAGACCAUUGUGUCUUGUGUAAGCCUGGAUAUUCAGCCAGAGGAUGUGUUCCAUCGGCUGAAAGCCUGGCGUUUGUACCUGGUUCUCUUGAAGAAGUUGAUGCCGGAGCUGGGCUCCCUGACUCCGAAGAUGACCUGCGAUGUGGUGGCAGCAAUCGCCAAGGCGGGACAGAAGGAGUUCCAAUUUGCGGUCCAUGUUGAGGCCGCUGUAGAUCAGCGACCCUUCAAGUUUCAUGCGGAGCAUUUGAUCUCCAUGCUACGCGACUUCGCGACUCUGCAGCAGCCCUGUGCAAAGAUGCGGCGGCUGCUGCUGAAUCGAGAGCAUGAACUGCCAGAGUGCACCCCCAGUGCCUUGUGUGCGCUUCCAGCAGCACUUGCUGGACACCAGACUGGACCAGAUGAGGAUCAGGUAGAAGAACGAAUGUUGGAACGCAUUUCCGAUUUGCUUUGCAAGCCUGGAGUGUACAAAUUGCCCACCGAUGGCCGCGUGUUUCGUUCCAAGGA